AGUGUGUUUUGAGAAAUUUGGCCUUUAACAUAAUACCUAAUCCACUAUGAGUACCUACUUCCAGUACCCGACCCCUGAGCUGCAGGAGGAGCUCAAGAAGAUCGCCCAGGCGAUCGUCGCCCCCGGCAAGGGCAUCCUCGCUGCUGAUGAGUCUGUUGGUACCAUGGGCAAGCGUCUCCAGGACAUCGGAGUUGAGAACACAGAGGAGAACCGACGCAAGUACCGCCAGCUCCUGUUCAGCACUGACUCGGCCAUCUCCGAGAACAUCUCCGGUGUGAUCCUCUUCCACGAGACCCUUUACCAGAAGACCGAUGAUGGCGCUCCUCUCGUGUCCCUCCUGGAGAAACGUGGCAUCAUCCCCGGGAUCAAGGUCGACAAGGGUGUCGUCCCGUUGUUCGGCUCUGAGGACGAAUGCACCACCCAGGGUCUCGAUGACUUGGCCCAGCGCUGCGCCCAGUACAAGAAGGACGGGUGCCACUUCGCCAAGUGGCGUUGCGUGCUGAAGAUCGGCCGUAACACCCCCUCUUACCAGGGCAUCUUGGAGAACGCCAACGUCUUGGCCCGCUACGCUUCGGUCUGCCAGAGCCAGCGCAUUGUGCCCAUCGUCGAGCCAGAGGUCCUGCCUGAUGGUGAACAUGACCUUGACCGCGCCCAGAAGGUCACCGAGGUCGUCCUUGCCGCCGUGUACAAGGCUCUGAGCGACCACCACGUAUACCUUGAGGGUACCCUGCUAAAGCCCAACAUGGUGACAGCCGGCCAGUCGUGCAAGAAGCAAUACACCCCAAUGGACGUCGCGCGCGCAACCGUCACCGCUCUGCUCAGAACUGUACCCGCUGCAGUACCCGGCGUCACAUUCCUCUCGGGCGGUCAGUCCGAGGAAGAGGCCUCCGUGAAUCUGAACGCCAUCAACACCGUUGACCUGAAGAGGCCCUGGGCUCUCACCUUCAGCUACGGCCGCGCCCUCCAGGCUUCAGUCCUCCGCGCCUGGGCCGGCAAGCAAGAGAACGUGUUGGCUGGCCAACAGGAAUUACUUAAGCGUGCCAAGGCAAACGGUCUUGCAGCCAGUGGCAAAUACGUGGCCGGAUCUAUUCCAUCUUUGGCUGGAUCUAAAUCAAACUUCGCUAACGGCCAGGCAUCGCAGGGCAAAUACGUCGCCGGAUCAGUAACAGGUGUGGGCGCAGACGCCGGUCUCUUUGUUGCUAACCACGCGUACUAAACGCGUAUCGUACCGUAGUCACAGUCACAGUAUCUCUGUCACAAAAUACUAGUUCCAGCGAGCGAAAUACAUAUAUCGCGCAAUAGGCCCAGCACUAGAUUUGUUUUUUUUUUUUUUUAAUUUUUGUUAAACGAAAUACUAUGACAAUUGACAUUUAAUUUUCGAACGUAUUGUUCUCUCUCUGCUGGAACUCGAUCCGUUUUAAUUUUGUAAUUUUGGAACUAGUUUUUUAAUGUAUAACAUAGAAUAUAGAUUAAACGUAAGUGAAAAUCGCUUUACAACUGUUUUUGCUAUAAUUGUUGUAAUCCAGUAGGUAAUGGUAGGUAUAAACGUACCUAUUUUCUUGUAUUACAUCGAGAUUAAAUCUCUUAUAAUUGUUGUCUGUAGUUUGACAUUUAAAAGUAGCAAUUAUAAAUGUUAUACACUCUCUAGCACAAAAAAAUUACCUAAACCAAUAUUGAAUUGUUUACAAAAUUAUACAAAUAUUGUUGUUACGUAAUCGAAAAACCAAAAAGAUCCAUUAUAAAGAGAGUGUUGAAUAUAUUUAUUGGUAAUUAUAGGUAUUUGAGUAGAUAGUAAAUUAUUUAGCACAGAUAAUCCGUGUAAUAUGUAAGUUGUAUUUUGUUAAUGUAACUUUUUUAUAUCGAAUUAUGUUAUCAUUUUUAGUUGAUGUAUUUUGAUAUUUGUAAGAUUAUGAAAUUAUAUUCUUGAUCAGACGUA